AUGGAAUCAACACAACAGCAUAUUAAUAAAUUUAGAGAGGAACGCAUUGCUAAAGAAAAAGCAAGAAUUGAGAAGUUGCGGGAACUAAACUUAAAAAAAUAUAGCAAACAAAAUUUUUCAAAACCUAUUUCUGUCUCAUCUGUCUCUCUACCUGUGAAAACUAAAUCAGACACCAGUAUUGCUACAAAUAUCAAAACAAACCCUGCAAAUAAUAAUGUUUAUGGUUCCAUCUCCAAUAGAAAAUCGAUUUAUGCAGCUAAACGAGUUGAGAAUAAAGAUGUUGCUGUGACGAAAAAUGUAAAAAAUAAUUUUGUUGCUAAUAAAAUUCCCAUUAAUGUGAACACAAAUAGAAAUAAAUGUAAUACUGAAACAAAACUAAAUAAACCAGCAACUACAAAUACUAGAAUAAAUAAACCUUUAAAAGAAAUGCCAACUGCAAGCAAUGUUAAAACUAUAAAUCCUAAUAAUAUAUCUAAAACAGUUCAAAAUCAUAAAAAUAAUAAUGUAACUGUAACAUCAAAAUUCAAUAGUAAACUUAAAACAUUAGAUGAAGAGAAGAAUCAUCAGAAUAAAGUCAUGCAGCAAAAUAUUGAAAAACCUCCAAAAACAAAUGGUGAAUCUGUAUUUGAUAGAUUGUACAAACCAAAAGUUGUGCAAAAACAAUCUAUAGACAAUGCUUUGCGAUUGCAAACAGAUCCUAACUAUUUAAAGAAAGUAAUAAAAGAUUCACGUCUAAUAAUGAAUAAGAGACACACAAUGUGCAAUAAUAGCAAGCCUGCUUUACCCGUCCGAAGAUCAAUAUCUGCUGUGCAUUUUAAAAGAAUAAGUAAGAAUGAAUUACAAAAUUGUAUGCAUAAAUGGGCAUCUAUUGGAGAGAAGAUAAAUAAGGCACAUUUAAAAGAUAUUAAUGAAGACGAAGGUGUAAAAGAAGAAAGAGUUAUUUCUGCAAUCAAAAGUGAAAGGAAGAAAGUGAAAUUUCAAACCCCUAUACAUUUAAAUUUUAAUACACCAAAGCCAGAAGAAUUACAGGCAAGAUUACAAAAGUGGUUACAAAAACGUGGAAAAUCUAUAGAUUCAUACCACCAUUUACAAUGUUUUGGAUUACAUCACUUAUCAAGAGAUACAAGACAGUUUACUUUAUUUGAUGAUGAUGAUGAAAAUAAGGAAAAUGUUGCCGUUAAUAAUGAUAGUGACAAUGAUUCAUACUUGGACAAUAUGAAUAAUGUGAAUGGGAAUAAAAAGGAGGAAAACAAUGCUUUUCCAACAGAUAAGUGGCGUAGAGCCAGUGUUGUAAGUGAUAGUGUUGAUUUCAAUGAUAGUUAUGAAACAACAUUGAAUUCUGAUGGAGUUCAUCAAGUGGACGAAUUACUAUUAGGUGCUUUAAAUGACUUGACGGAAUUAUUGAAAGAGGGUUUCGACUGGGAGCAAUGUGCGCGUUGGCUGCGUGCGAUACGUGACCGAUACCCGCUGGCGCCGGACAAGGCGGCGUACUGGGAGUGCCGCGCCGCGCUAGAGGAGCGCCGUGGUGACCUGCCCGCCUCCGUGCAGUGCUGGGAGCAGGCCAUCGCUGCGGGCACUGAACAAUCAGUAGUAGAAGCUAACCUUGACAAUUUGUUGGACAAGUUCAUGCAACUCAAAAUAAGCCCGAGCAGUGGAAAAAAACAUGUGGAUCCGAAACUAGUUGAUGUAAAGAAUGUAUUUAAAAGUACUAUCAUACGCUUUGCUGUACAGCAAGCCAAGUUACGCCAGAGCAACGAUUCCCUGAAGUACACAGUGACGCCGGUACGCCGCAGUUCGCGCCUUAGCACGCACCGCACGCAUACGCCGCUGCUCUGCGCCUCCAUAAACCAGGCGGCCGGCAUGGGCGCACAGUUCAAACCUAACAAGGCCCUUGUUGAUAGCCCC